UACAGGCGCCUCAAAGAAACUCAGGACUUCAAAUAGCAAGCAACAACAUCAAUUCUUAAACACAUCACCAACAUUAUAGAACGACCCAUCAUAUUUAUCCUUCGUACCUCUCUCAUCCGCGAUACCUCCUUAUCAAACACAUCUAUCUGCACGAACAUCAAACCAACAAUGGCCGCUCCCACAGAAGCCCAGAUUGCUCAUCAAGAGCUGAUCGAUAAGCUUGAUAUCCAUUCCAUCCACAAGAGCUUCCGCAACCCUCACUGGCGACCAAACCAGCGACGCAAUAAGAACAUCAAGACAAUCAUAGGAGAUGCCUCGCGCAAGGAGGCCUCUGUAAUCGUCACGCCCCAAGACAACAGCGGCACUGCCACUCCUGCACAAGGAGAUGGCGACGGCCUUUCUACCAGCGGUUCUUCGACGCCUGCUCAACAGUCGGCCGGUGGCAACUCGAGCCUACAACCGAACCUCGCCCAAGCUUCGCGUAGUCUAUCGAAACUCGUACUGGAGAAAAGCCUGCGACCCAACGGCGCUGGUGGCGCACCCGUCUCGGCCGCGCCCAGCGCGACCUACACUAACAUCGAGUCGGCCCCUUCGCUCGCGCACACGAAACGAUACUGCGAUAUCACCGGUCUUCCUGCCCCUUACCUGGACCCGAAGAGCCGGCUGCGGUAUCACAGCAAGGAGGUGUUCGGCUUCAUUCGCACUUUGCCUCAGAGCGCGGCGGAGCAAUAUCUAGAAGCUAGAGGCGCGCAUACAGUUCUGAAAUAAAGGGGAAUAAUCAAUAUGAGAGGCGUACGAAAUAUUUAUUUUACUAAACAGUGCAAUAAUAGUGUCUGUCACUUUGGGUUUGCUAUAUCUAUUCCGACCAUUGACGCAUCAAAAUGGCCUACUUCUUACAUACAUCAAGCUUAAGAAGAGGAGUCUUUAAGGUGAGGUAGAGAAAUAUUUACUUUACGACGGAGAUGA